GCGCGUGCCCGGUGGAUAUAAACCACGCCCCGUUCUUUCUGUCAUUCAGACCCAGAAAACAGUCAAAACAGCAACUUACACUAAGCCGCUUUCUUUUUUGUAAUUUAACUUAGCUCCUGUAUGUACUGUCGAUAAACAACACGGACAAACAGCCACAAGAUGGCCCAGUGGCAGCAGCUGCAGAGGCUGGACCCAGCCUCCCUGACCCGGGUGAACCAGGUCUACGAGGAGAGACAGUUCCCCAGAGAGAUCCGCCACUACCUGUGCGUCUUGCUAGAGGGCCAGGACUGGGAUGCGGCGGCUGUGGAUGUAAAUAAAGCCAGCGCUUGUUUACAUGUGCUCCUGGUGUAUCUGGAAGAAGAGUGGAGUCGUUCUGUCCAGGCGAACAUUUUAGACGGACCUAAUUUUCAACUGAUGAAAGACUACUUGCUGAAACACUUUAAAGAUGAGCCUCUGAACUUGGCCGUAACCCUCUCUGAAUGCUUAAAGGAGGAAAAGAAAAUCCUGACCUCAGCCUCUGAAUCCCAGUCCAGCAAUGGAUCGCAAAUGGAAGGACUUGAUCUGGAGGUGAAGAUAGAAAUGAAGUUACUGGAGUUACAAAAAACCAUCGAUGCCAUAAAGAAGAACUGGCAAAGCCAAGUAGAGGAGCACAAUGGACUGGCCCAGUCCUGUCCUUUCAUGGACGGGGCAUGUCUUAGACGGACCAACUUUAUCACAAAAACAAAGGUGAUGCUGCAGCAGAUUGUGAACAUUUUAAACCCAGCGCAGCAGAUGGUGGCGACCCUCACAGAGGUGGAGCUGCCGGAGUGGAAGUGCAGGCAGCGGAUGGCAUGCGUUGGAAGUCCAGUUGACACCAGCCUGGACCAUCUCCAGAAGUGGUUCACGACUGUGGCACAUGUACUACUACGUGUACGCGAACAGCUGCAGGAACUACAAGACCAGAACCAGAAAUACAACAGCACCGAUACCUCCAGCCUGUCUGGUACCAUAGCAGAAAUUGAGCGAUCCACGCUGCUUUCGUUGACGAAACUUCUUGCACAUGCUCUGGUGGUUGAGAAACAGCCCGUCAUGUCGAGUUUACCACAUCGGCCUCAAGUACUAAAGAUGGGGGUGCGGUUCACAGUGGCAGUGAGGUUCUUAGCAAACCUCCCAGAAUUCAAGUGCCUGCUCAAGGUCAAACCUGUAUUUGACAAGGAUGUUGAAGAAGCCAAGACAGUUAAAGGGUUCCGUCACUUUGUCUUCAACGAGGACUACUGCAGGGUGUUGGACGUGGACGAGUCCUCUGGAGGCUUGGUGGCAGAAUUCGGACAAAUGUCACUCAAUCAAAGACUGAAAGCCAAAAGAUCCCAUGAGUCACUUAACCAAAAACAGAAAGCCAAAGGAUCCAGUGAGAGUCCUCUGACAGUCACUGAAGAACUCCACAUCAUUAAGUUUGUGACGGAGUUUCAGCAUGCUGGAAUGAAAUUUGACAUCGAGGCCAGCUCUCUGCCUUUGGUUGUCAUCUCCAGCACCAAUCAGGUGGUCAGUGCCUGGGCCUCGGUCAUGUGGUGCAACAUGGUCUCCAUCGGUGAACCCGGGAAUCUGUCGUUGUUCGCGGACCCUCCUCCGCUCACCUGGCAGCAGCUGUCGCACGUUCUGAGCUGGCAGUUUUUACGCGCUGGCCAACGGGAGCUCGACCAAAACCAGCUCUCCUAUCUAAGAGACAAACUUGUGGAUGGUCCUGAUGAUCUGGUUCCCUGGAGCAAGUUCUCCAAGAAUGAAAAUGCAUGGAUUUGGAUCGAUGGGAUCCUGGAUUUGAUCGAAAAACACUUGGCGGAUCUUUGGCGCGAUGGACUCAUCAUGGGCUUCGUGAGCAGGAAGAAAUCCGAGGAUCUGUUGCAGGAAAAAGCGAGCGGGACCUUCCUGCUCCGCUUCAGUGAGAGCAACAAAGAGGGAGCCAUCACCUUCAGCUGGGUGGAGCACUCCAAUGGCGACAUCCAUGUGCACGCCGUCGCUCCCUACAUCAAGAAAGAGCUGGUGAACACUUCUCUGCCCGACAUCAUCAACACCUACAGUCUGAGAGCCGAGGGGAACAGGUACUGGAACCCUCUGAUCUACCUUUACCCAGACAUCAGCAAAGACGUCUUCGGACACUACAACAACACCUUAAAAAAGUCAACCCCUGAAAAGGACGGGUACAUUCCCAAAAGACGUAUGGACGUCUCACUAAGUCCUACACCACCUCCCUCUCCACCUACGGACAUGGACGUGUACUUGAACACACCACUGGAGGAUUUCCAACUGUAUCAGGAAGUCAUUCGAGAUUUACUCAACUCACCGGAAGACAUUUGGACAUCAUCUGGACACCAAGAAAUGAUGCAAACUCAGAACGACUUCAGAUUGUGCUGAUUUUGGUUUUCCCUUUUGGAAACGUGGCAGGUUACUGUGUCCCAAUCAGGAAGUCAUCAGGUAGAGAUGUUUUAGUCUUUAAGUACAUGCAAUGUUUUCAGGUCAGGUGUCAGUAAUAGCCUACUAUGAAAGGUUAAAAUGAUACAAAACCAAUGAUCAAUAUGA